GAGUGUUGUUUUGUGUGAUGCUAUCCAAACUUGUUAGUAUUACAAUUGUUUCUCUGAGGUUAGAUGGAAUCCAACCCAAAUUUAGUUUUUUUUUUAAUUAUCUAUGUAAAUUUUUUACUUAGCCCACUAAAAUCCACUCCUUCCACCCCAAAGGCCAACCUACCUCAUUAAGUUCAAGCCCCUCCCAAUUCUAUAACUCCUAGUAGUGACUAUCAUGAUGGACUUAGCCACCCAGAUGCAUGCACCCAUGGCUCAUUAGCACAAUGGCAAUCUCAAGUGAUCACCAACAAAGUUGGCACUGUGAUGAUGAAAGUGGUGCUGCAGUGCAAGGGACCAACUUAGUGGAAACUUUAGAAAAGUCUGUAAUGAGAAGAUAUCAUUAUGGACUUUCUUUGCCCAAUUGCUUCAACUUUAGCUGUUGGAGUUUGGUAACUGAUGCAUUUUCACAAGACACAAUUGUUGCUUCAAGGCCCCAUCAUGUUCCCCAUGAUCAAUCUUCUCGAUAUCGAAUACGAAGAGAUUCGGAUCCACAUCGAAAAGAUAUUGAAAAUAUAAAAAGGCAAGGGCCAACAAGAACAACCUCUGUGCCUAAGAACAAAGAAAAUGAUCAUGGGGCCUUGCCUGCCUACUCAAUUCUAUAGCUUGAGUAAACUAUAACUGAACCGCUUUUUCUGCGAAAAAAAUCGUAGCACAUGUCUCCAGCCGCGGCCUGAACUUCUAAGGGAGAGAGAUCGAUCGAUCCAUCCAUCGAUCGGGGAAGAUGAAGUUUAUGAAACUCGGAACAAAGCCAGACACCUUUUACACAGAUGAAGCUGUGAGAUCAGUGCCUUCUGAUGUGCCGACUGACCUGAUUGUUCGCAUCAGCCACACUACUUACCUCUUGCAUAAGUUUCCACUUCUAGUGAAGUGUGGCCUAGUCCAGCUGCUCUGCUCCGACGGCGGAGACAAUGAAGCCGGCGAGGCGACCCCGAUUGCCCUCCACGACAUCCCGGGGGGAGAAGAAGCCUUCGAGCUCUGCGCGAAAUUCUGCUACGGGAUCACCAUCAACCUCAGCGCUCACAACUUUGUGGCGGCCCUCUCCGGCGCCAAGUUCCUGCGGAUGAACGAGUCGGUCGCCAAAGGGAACUUCAUCAGCAAGCUCGAGCUGUUCUUCCACUCCUGCAUCCUGGAAGGGUGGAAGGACUCGAUCCUCACGCUCCAGGCGAUGUGGAGUCACUCCGGCUGGUCGGACGAUCACAGAAUUGUGCAACCUUGCAUGGAUUCGAUCAUCGAAAAGAUCCUCAUUCAUCCAUCACAGGUUUCAUGGUCUUAUACUUAUACGAGGCCUGGCUACAACAAGAAGAAGCAGAAGCACGCCGUCCCUAAGGAUUGGUGGACUGAAGAUGUGUCCGAUCUCGAUCUCGAGCUCUUUCGAUCGAUCAUUUCGACAGUCAAAUCCACCAAGAAACUCCCCUCUGCGCUGAUUGGGGAAGCACUGCAUGUCUAUUCGUGCAAGCACAUGCCGAGCCCGCUGGAGUUGCAGAAGCAUGCGCAGAGCUCGGUGAAUCAGAGCAGCGAGCUGGGGAUGAGCAAGCACCGACAAGUCCUGGAGGCCAUCGUGAGCAUGAUCCCGGCCGAGUCGAGGGCGGUUUCCGGCAGUUUCUUGCUGAGGCUGCUGGAGAUCGCCGGCCAUGUGAGAGCCUCGUCGUCCACCAGAGCCGAGCUGGUGAGGCGAUCGGGACAGCAGCUGGAUGAGGUCGCGGCGAGUGAUCUUCUGAUUUCGGAUAUCGGCAUGGUGGAGGCGGUGCUGGAGAGCUUCCUCCUGCAACUCUGUCAGUCGGUGCCGAGAGAAGAGACGGAGAGAGUCGUCGCCUCCAUGGCCAAGGUGGGAAGGACCUUCGAUUCGUACCUGCAGAUCAUCGCCGGCGACGGUGCUUUGCCGGUUUCCAAGUUCAUUGAGCUCGCAGGGUCGUUGCCUGACAUGGCGCGAACAGAGCACGAUGGACUAUAUCAAGCUAUCGACAUUUUCCUGAGAGAACACCCGGAGUUAAGCAAGGCAGAGAAGAAGAGGCUCUGCAGGAUGAUCGAGUGCCGGAAAUUGUCAGCCGAAGCUCGCUUAGAUGCCAUCGGCAAUGACCAGCUGCCACUGCGCACCAUCGUGCAGCUUCUCUUCAUAGAUCAAGAAACGAAUGGCGGUGUCGGUGCCGGAGCCGGUGCCGGUGCUAAUCAAGAAGUAUCAGUUGCCAAGGUAGCUGCAGCUCAGGACGAGGAGAAGAGGUCUAGAAACAGAGCUGAAACUCGGCACCAUCACCGAGAGCCUGCUUUAGCUACGCGAGCAGAGAGAACGAGGGUGGUGCCAUCGCCAUCCGAACCUACAAGAACAAUUAAACAUGUUCAGAGUUGAAAUGGAAGAUCGAAGAAGAAUGAAAUGUCUCAUCGUUGUUCUGCGUUAAAUGAUGAUUUAUUGGUAUUUAAGAAGAAGUAUUCAUGAUUCUUUUUUUUCAGUGGAAUUCGACUAAGUUUAGUUUCCUACUGUUCAA